ACAGAUACCUGAAUUAUGAUACUGCUUGGAACUGAAAGACAGGAAGAUUCCACCUUCUGGAGCACAGAUAUUAUGGAUUCAAAUUCCAACACUGUGGUGGUGACUGGUUUUGGUCCCUUCAGACAAUACCUGGUUAAUUCUAGCUGGGAAGCAGUGAAGGAGCUGUCCAAGAGAGGCCUUGGUGAAAACAUUGAUCUCCGGAUCAUGCAGCUGCCAGUGGUUUACCAAAAAGCAAAGGAGCAAGUCUGCAAGAUAUGGACAACUCUUCAGCCACUGCUUACAGUUCACGUUGGGCUGGCUCCGUCCACCACAGCACUCAUCAUCCUGGAGCAGUGUGGGAAGAACAAAGGCUACCAGGAGAGGGAUGCUCGUGGCUUUCACCCAGAAGGUGCCUGCUGCGUGCUAGGUGGCCCAGAAAAGAUUGAAUCUACAAUUAAUAUGAAGACUCUCCGGAAAAACGUCUCAGUGGAAGGGAUUGAUAUCAUCCUUUCCAGAGAUGCAGGAAGGUACAUCUGUGAUUACACCUACUACACUUCUCUGUAUUAUGGCAAUGGAAGAGCUGCUUUCAUCCACGUCCCUCCAUUAUCUGAGUUGGUAACAGCAGAAUUUCUCGGAAAAGCAUUACAAACCAUUAUCUUAGCAAUGUUAGAACAGUGUGGGGAACAAAGAGAGAUGGAUCACAGAGGGAAAAAAUGAGGAUUUCUUAGAAUGCAAUUCCUUACCUGUGAAAUG